AGUGACGUCACGCUAAGCCCAUUAGAGUGACAUGUGACGGGGCCCUCUGCUACACACCCGCUGCCCCGCCCCACACCUGCCGCCCCGCCCCACACCUGCCGCCGCCGAGCCCAGCUUGACUCGGAACGAUGGGGGAGGUGAAGCUGUUGCAACUCCACCUGGCCACAAGCUUAGCGGAAUUGAAUAAGCUGGUGGAUGACAUUCCUAACAAACCCCCUAAGCUAUUGGUGAAGACUGCCCAGAAGUUGGUGAAAGAAGCUCAGUUGGCGGACACCAAGAGGGAUGAAGAACGUGCCUAUUUAAUGUACAUGCGGUAUUUCCAGGUUGUGAAGAAAAUACAGAAGCACAGUGAGUACCAUAACAACAGGAAGUACUACGAUGGCUUGCUGGAUCCACGCACCACCAGGAAGGUCAUCGAGAGGGCUGAGGAGAUCACCAAGAGUCUCGAACGCAGAUACGACUUUGUCAGCGGAGCGACGCGUGCCGAGAAGAUGCAGGAGGAGAAGGAGAGGGAGAGGAGAAAGAAAGAGAGAGGGAGAGAGAAACUAAGAAGAGUGUGAAUGGCAAGGACAAAAUUAUCCACUUAUUCUAUCCUUUUAUCCAUCCACCUCACCAUUCAUUGUUCCGUAGGUGUUGUGGAUGAUGAGAGGUGCAUCAGCUGCCAGAAACUGUACUCCAUCAUGAAAGAGAGGUGUUCCACUUAUCUGGUCCUCGAUGCCAGGCCCAGGGCAGACUACCAGGACUCUCACAUGACCCUCGCCAAUGUCAUCAAUGUUCCAGAGGAGAUUCUCAAGCCUGGUCUGACAGCGGGCAAGAUCAGCAGUGAGUUGUCAGAGGCGGACCAGACGCUGUGGGUACUGCAGAGACAAAAUGCUGAGUUCCUGGUGCUGGUGGACUGGCGCAGCGAACACCUCCCACUGCCCCCGCCGCUGCAGGUGCUGAGUGAUGCCAUGCUGAAGUGGGACCCCGGAAAGCAGUACAAAGGUUCCCCCAAGCUGCUGCAGGGAGGAUAUGAGCUGUGGUGUCUCAUGUACCCAAUGCUGUCCACAAACGCAAGAGUUGUCCAUCCCAGCGCCCCCAUCUCGGAUUCUAAGAAGGAUAAGAAUGUUGCUUUAAACUUUGAGUACCCAAGCUUAGAUGACGCGUUUUUAGUUACGCCAUCACCGCCAGCCACACCCAACAACACCACCACCACCACCACACACUACCCGGACCUAACACACACCACACCAAACACUCCAAACGUCCCACAAGUCAUCCGAACCUUAAAACCAAAAGUCCUGGAGAAAGAAAUUAUGGACUCGCGAAAUAACAACACGCUGGCAAACAAUAUCUUUCCGCCAACUGAGGACAGCACAGUUAAGCCUUCCUUGGGGUCAAAUGUCAAUACCUGGGAGAGUAAGGAGAGCAACAUAGCACUAGAGCAGAGGAGAGCCAUGGGAGGGAGUGCAUUGCCAGAGAAAGUCGAUAAUGUGUCUCCUUUUGUCCCAAGUCGGUCCCUGAAGCCGAAAGAUUUGUUGGCGAGCUUGGCAGCAAAUAAGAAGGAUUUAGAAGAGGAGCAAAAGUUACUAGAGGAGUCGCUGCAGAUUGAAGAGGACGCAAUGAAGAAGAUGGAGGAGAUGGAGGCGACCAGCAGCCAGAGAGAGACCACCAAGGACGAGAUGAGCCGCGCCAUACUGCAAGCCACGGAGGACAGGCUGAGGGAGGAGAUACACAAGCUGGAGAACAAGGGACUAGAGAUGGAGGAGAGCUACAAGAAGAUGCAGAAACAGAAUGAGGAGCUUUGGAAGAUGGUGAACCUGGCUCUAGCUAACCAAAUGAGUGGCUUGUCUGUCAGUGCCACCACACAGCCUGACCUGGAGACUGAGAGGAAGAAGCAGGAAGAGGAACAAGAGGGACUGAGGAAGCAGAAGGAACAAAAAGCGUUAAUGCAGGAACAAGUAGAACGGAUGAGGAAGGAGAGGAAGGAGAAGGAGAAGAGGAUGAAGGAACAGGAGGAGAAAGAAAGGAAGAUACGAGAACAGAAGGCAAGAGAGGCGGAGAUUGAGAGACAAAAGCAAGAGGAGAGGAAGUCUAGAAUUGACACAGAAUCUCGACCACUGAAGAAAGGCAGUGGAGAUUCGUACACCACCAAGCUAAGAGGGUCGCCCAGGUCAUCCCCGGUCCGAGGGUCAAACCUGCGUCGCUGCCACUCUGCCUUCAAUCUAGCUCAGCAGGAGGAGGAGCAGGACGCCUUGGACUUGGUGAUGCCUUGUUUUGACCGCACCCUCAAGCCACGUGUCACACCACAGCCGAACAUCAACGCCGCCAGACAGCGCAACUUUGAGCCAAAAUAUGGAAGUGUGCCGGCUGCCAAGACAGGGCUGAAGAACCUUGGCAACACCUGCUACAUGAAUUCCAUUGUGCAGUGCCUCAACAACACCAAGCUCUUCGUUAAGUACUUCCUCGACGACACUUACAGCAAUGACAUCAACCCCAACAGUGCGACGGAUGGGGACGUGGCAGAGGAGGUGGGGGCUGUGGUGAGGGCGCUGUGGUCGGGACAGUACCGCUCUAUUGCUAUGUGGGACCUCAAGAAUGCUGUGGGACGCCACCACCGGCCCUUCUGUGGCUACGACCAACAUGACUCACACGAAUUCCUGUUAAAAUUGAUGGAUUGGCUUAGUGAUGAUCUAAAUAAGGUGACAGGGAAGCGUCUCCCAAUGAAGGAACAGAACCACGAGAACGUCCCUCAGUAUGUGGCGGCCGACAAGGUGAUGGAGGAGCUCAGGCAGAGAGAUCAGUCCAUCCUCUCCGCUGUCUUCCACGGCCUCCACCGCUCCACCAUUGAGUGUGGGACCUGCGGACAUGUUUCCCUCACCUUUGAGCCCUUCUCGGUCCUCUCUCUCUCCUUCCCUAAUAAUCGCAAGUGUUCGUUAAGGGACCUGCUUCACCACUACUACAAGGAGACCAAUCUGGAGUACACCUGUAGCAAGUGUAAGAAGAAGAGGAACUGUGUGAGGAAGGCAGACAUAUGGAAACUCCCACCUGUCUUGAUUCUUCAUCUUAACAGAUUUGAGCACGACGUUUUGAUGAAGAAGCAGCAAAAUUUUGUUGACUUCCCCAUGGAGAGUCUGGACCUGACGAAGUACACUUGCUUCAAUAACAGAUACACCAAAUUCGACCUGUAUGCAGUGUGCAACCACUACGGCACGAUGGACGGCGGCCACUACACUGCCUUCUGCCGCUCACCAAUCAACAAUAAGACGUGGUACAAGUUUGACGACCACGAAGUUUAUGAACACUGCUCCGUGAAGACGUCCGCCGCUUACCUUCUCUUCUACGAGGCCACCAACACCAGCAUGCACAUCAACAACCUAGUGUGACGUUGAUGAGACAACUGGGAUCCUGGAAUUCCCUGUAUGGUUUUGUUUUCCCGCACGCUUUCCUCUGAGUCAAGCAGGACACGGGAAAGUUGGUAAGGUGUUGUUUUCCGCAUGUUUUCCUGCACUGGUGGCUUGAGACGUGAAGUUGGGCCCACCAGUACACCCUCAGAGACGCCACUCCUGUGUAUUUAAGGUGUGGGUGGUGUGGGUGUAGGUGGUGUAGGAAAGACUAUGUGUGGAGGAGCAUUGAGGGAACCAGUGUACUGCUAACCCAUGUGUGUGUGUGUGUGUGUGUGUGUGUGUGUGUGUGUGUGUGUGUGUGUGUGUGUGUGUGUGUGUGUGUGUGUGAGUAUGAGUGAGAGAAGAGGUGAAGAUCUGUUUAUUAAGGCACUGUGUUGAAGGCAGUGAAAGAAAACGAAUGAGAACACCAAGAUAAUCAGCCUGUCUGUCACCAAGUUACUGUAUUGAGGCAGCACUGAGGAAGCAGGCUGGAGGGAGAGAAGAAAGAGAGUACAUCUGUCACUAAGCUCUCUGUGUUGACAUUAUGAAGAAACAGCAGGAGCAAGAAGCAUUACAAUACAAGAGAACACUGAGGAAGAAGAUCAGAGUGAGAGGGUAAAGGGAGUAUGUCUGUUUCUAAGCAAUGUGUGAUUGUAUGAAGAAACAGCAGGAGUGAGAAGAAUUAAGAUAACCUGCCUUUCCGUCAUCAGUAAACUGUAUGACACUGCAGAGAGAGAGAAGCUCAAGUGACAGCAUCAGUAGAGUCCGUUUUACCACUCAGCAGUUGUCUUACCCAGGAAACUAAAGAAUAUUGACAUCUGCCUGUCCGUUACUAUCAUUUGUCAGGCAUCACAGAGGUUUUUAGGAAUGAGAAAUUGAGGAGUAAGAAAAUUAGUAUCAGUCUGUCACUAAGGUACAUAUCACUGGAAACCCUUAUCUCUCAGUAAACUUGUGUGUAGACAGAGAAAAGACAGUAUGGAGGCUGUUUAUCUGUCUAUUAACCCUCUGUCUCUCACCAAAUGUGUGUGUAGACAGAAAAGACAGUAUGGAGGCUGUUUAUCAUCUACCUGUCAAUUAACCUUCUGUCUCUCAGCAAACAUGUAGACAGAGAAAAGACAGUAUGGAGGCUGUUUAUCUACCUGUCAAGUAACCCAUUUUUAACAUCACAGGCUGUACAGAAGAGUAUAGAAGUGAAAAGUCAAGAACACAGACAACAAUGAACCAACACAGUCUGCCAAUCAACUCAAAGGUGCCGAGUAUUGCUGUCCACACACUACUGACACUACUGGCCACGUCGUCCAUUUUGCGCUGUGUUGUGUGGCCGCUGACAAUAGUAGUGGUGGUGGUGGUGCUUCCAGAUUCCUCGCCACACCAGAUGUUUUUGCCCCACACCCAGCAGAGAGAAAUUACCAUACAUUAAUUUUAUCUUCAGGCAUUUGUGAGUUAGGGAGUGUGUCUGAAGUCUUAAACCGCCAGCACCUUUGUAGUGUUACAUAGACAAGGAGAGUGAGAGUGUGUAGAUUUUGUUCCCUUCAGGUUGUGUUGUGAAUUAACCUCUUCAGUACUGGGACUCACUUCUACCUUGAGUUUUGGGUGUGAUUAAGACGAUUUUGUUAACAUUAGGAAGGGUCUAUGGAGGUCAGAAGAUUAAUGGCCAGAGUCUUCACUGUUUUAAUCCCCGACGUAAAAUUCUGAAGCUGUAUAAAAUCACCAAACAGUCACCAAAAUUAAUAUGGGAACACAUCGUGGUAUUGAAGAGGUUAAGGAAGUGUAGGAGGAGAAAAGUUGAUGAAUAGAAACAGAUGGGAAAAAAUUAACUUGAGCAGCUGACCUUACUACACAGUCGGAAUAAGGUCUUAGGAAGGAGGAGGAGGAGGAGGAGGAGGAGGA